GCCACACCCAGUUCAAUGACGCUGAACCUGUGCUGCCAAGAAAGAUGGCGUCGGUAUCAGAAAUGUACGAUGUAACCUGGGAAGAAAUGAGAGACAAGCUGCGGAAGUGGAGGGAGGAUAACCACAGAAACAGUGAGCAAAUCGUGGAUGUUGGUGAAGAAUUGAUAAAUGAGCAUGCGUCCAAACUUGGAGAUGACAUAUGGAUAAUUUAUGAGCAGGUGAUGAUCGCUGCGUUGGACUGCAGUCGGGAUGAUUUGGCUUGGGUGUCGUCUCCUUCAGACAUGAGCUCGUCGUCAGAGCAAGGGACUUGUCUACAGGAACUGAAGAGGCAGUUUCCAGGUAGCCAACGAGUGAAGCGAUUAGCGGGCAUGCGGCUGGAGGCUUUAGAAAAGUACGAGGAUGCCAGCAAGCAGUAUGAUUCAAUACUGCAAGACGAUCCCACCAAUACGGCGGCGAGGAAGAGGAAGAUCUCGAUUCUGAAGGCCCAGGGGAAGAGUGCCGAAGCCAUCCGCGAGCUCAACGAGUAUCUGGAGCAGUUUGUCGGUGACCAGGAAGCGUGGCACGAGCUGUCGGAACUCUACAUCAACGAGCACGACUAUGGAAAAGCAGCUUUCUGUCUGGAGGAGCUGAUGAUGACUAACCCUCACAAUCACUUGUACUGUGAGCAGUACGCUGAGGUGAAGUACACCCAGGGGGGGCUGGAAAACCUGGAGCUGUCCAGAAAGUAUUUUGCCCAGGCUCUGAAGCUGAACAACAGAAACAUGAGGGCCUUGUUCGGUCUGUAUAUGUCAGCAAGCCACAUUGCUGCCAGCCCCAAAGUGAACGCCACAGUGAAAAAGGCCAAUGUGAAGUAUGCUACUUGGGCCACCAAUCAAAUCAACCGAGCCUAUCAGCUGGCCGGUCGCGGGACAAAGGAGAACAAAUGCUCCGUGAAGGCCGUGGAGGAGAUGCUGGAGUCCAUCACCAUGUCCUAGGCCCCCCCCAACUCUUACACACACACACCCCCCCUCCCCCUGUUCUACAUGGCUCAACAAGGCAGCUCUGUUGGCUCAAUGCUGUGCACCCUCCCCCCCUCCAGACUCGACCACCACCUCCCCUCCCCCUGUUAUUAGAUGAUUUAAAAGCAGGACUGAAGCCCUAUAUAGUGCAGUACUUUUAACCCAAGCCCUAUCUGAGCAAAUAUUGUGCACUAUAUGAGAUAUAGGGUGACAUUUGAGAUGUAGGACAGGUAGAGGAUGCUCCCGCAUUGUGAUCAGGGACUGAGAUGUGAGUAGAGAAGAGGCUGUAAUAAAUGCUAAUGAGAGGGCUGAGACAGGUCCGUCUGUAUAUGCAGCUAGGCCCUCGUCUGUAAAUGAAAUAAAAUCAAAUGUUUUUUUAUCUUAACUAUAGUUUUUUUUUCUCUGUCAGUCCAUCCAGAUGUCUUAAUAAAGGUUUGAAUUGUUUGUUUUGAAAUUU